AUGCGUCAACGUACUCGUGAAAUUGUUGAUUUGCAAUUAGAGAAAGACAAACUUCGUUAUAGUAAUAAAGAAAGGAUUCCUUCUUUAAAUGAAUGUUUUUCUCAUUUAAAUAUUUGUGCAAUUAAUCCAAAAGCUGGCAAAUGGAAUACUUCAGUUAAAACAACGGCAAAACCUUUACUUACUUCAAUUAUUCAAUAUAAUUUGGAUAUUUUUAAAAAUGUUGAAGAUAAACGGUCUGCUGAGGAAUGGUUUAAUUUUGCUGAGAAAAAGUGUGAAAAUGGAGAAUUUUGUUUAAAUCCGCUUAUUAGUGUCAGAGAGGUAAACAAAUAUUUUUUUGUAAUUUUUUGUUUCCAAAAUAGUUUUUAUAAAAAUAAUCCCUAUACUUUAAUUUAA